GGGUUAUUAAUGAUAAUAUUAUUACAUCAUUUUUUGGAAUAUCUUAUUAUUUUCAAUUAUUUGUAUAUAAAGUUGUUCAGUGUGAUUGUUUUUAUUUAUAUACAAAUUUUAAAAAUCUCUUGGAAGACUGAUAACUUUGAAGCAGACCAUAGCGUUGCGAUGCUUUCCAAGGCGUGGUAUUCUAGACUACCAGGCUAGUCUAAAUAGAUGUAUUUGUUGUUACUAUAACAAUAUAAUUCACAACUCACUCGAACAACCGAAGAUAAAUUGAUAAAUUUGAAAAGGUGGGAAAUAUAAUUCGCCGAUACGAUUUGUUUUAAGAAUAUUAUCUACCUGCUACUUCAAGGAUUAGUAUUUUCGUUACUGGUAGGAAGAUAAAACGAUAAAACGAUCUUUACAUAUUUUAAAUAUUGAAACAAUUUAUUAUUUAAAAACGAUAAACUAUGACUUCUUAUUUCUGUUAAAUCUUAUUUUCAAUAAUUCUAAGUAAAUUCAGUGGGGGAACUUAAUUAAAAUGUAUUUAAAACUAUAGCAGAGAUAUGGUUAUCGUUUGCAGUUAAAGUUUUAAAAUUGUACAACAUGAAGUAUCGACAUUUAAUAAUUGUGCUAUUAAUUGUUUUGAGUGAAAUAGUGUUUUCUACCGUUAGCGAUGACAGUUUCCUAGUAACAAGUACGGAAUCAACAAAAGAAGAAUCUUCAACAGACUCAAACAAUAUUCAAGUUAAUCCCCAAAUAUACUCUAUGCAAAUAAAUGCAAAUGUGACCAAUCGAUAUGUGAGAACGCUUAUCACAAGCAACGUACGAAAUUUGAUGAAAAAAUCAGAAGAAGCAACAUUCUCUGUGAUAUUGCCUGAAAAUGCAUUUGUAUCAGAAUUUGAAAUGGAAAUUAAAGGAAAGAUUUAUAAAGCGUAUGUAAAAGAAACGGAAGAAGCCAGGAAAAUAUAUAAAGAGGCUGUAUCAAGUGGUCAAAGUGCAGCUCACGUUGAAUUGAGUGCAAGAGAUUCCAAAACAUUUACAGUAUCAGUAAAUAUAGAACCAGAAAGUAAAACAAUUUUUAGACUUGUUUAUGAAGAACUUCUACAGCGUCGGAUUGGACAAUAUGAACUUGUUAUAAAUGUUCAUCCAGGUCAAGUUGUUAAAGAUCUUGGAGUUCAGGUUUACAUUAAUGAAAGUAGACCUCUCACAUAUGUAAAAACCCCUUCUUUAAGAACCGGCAAUGAAAUAAGCAAGAACGAUGAAAAUUUGAAUCCUUCCGCACAGAUAGAUGUUAUUAACAAGAAUUCUGCGGUUGUAAAAUUUAGUCCUGACAUUAACCAACAAAAAACAUUCGCUGAAAAGCUCGGUGGUAACAAAGAAAAUGGAUUAGCUGGUCAAUUUAUAGUUCAGUAUGACGUAGAAAGAGAUCCUCGGGGAGGAGAGGUCCUAGUUAGAGAUGGAUAUUUUGUACAUUUUUUUGCACCUUCGGAACUGGAAUCCUUACCAAAACAUGUGGUCUUUGUAUUAGACCACAGUGGUAGUAUGUCGGGAAGAAAAAUUGAUCAAUUAAUAGAAGCAAUGCAAAACAUUUUACCUCAGCUAAAACCAGAAGAUUUAUUUAACAUAAUACGUUUUGCUGAUGAUGCUUCUGUAUGGAAUUCUGUGGAGAAUAAAUUUGUUCCUGUAAACAUAAUUUCACGAGAUUAUGGAUCCCUGGAAUCUCAUUUGAAAGAUGCCAAUUUACCGCAAGCGGCAAAAGCUACUAAUAGAAAUAUAAAAAAAGCCAAAAAUGUAAUGAAGAACAGAUCCCACAUGGGUCUUACUAAUAUAAUAGCUGGUUUAGAAAUAGGUUUGUUUUUGAUCAAAAGAACACAGGAAUAUACACCCAAUAAAUAUCAGCCAAUACUUAUAUUUUUGACAGAUGGUCUACCGAAUGUUGGAAUGAAUUCUGGGGAUGAAAUUACCAAUACAGUAACCAAACUAAAUUCAGGUACAACUCGUGCGCCAAUUUUCCCUCUUUCUUUUGGUUCUGAGGCGGAUAAAAAUUUCUUACAAACGUUAUCUUCGCAAAAUUUAGGAUUUUCAAGACAUAUUUACGAGGCAGCUGACGCUUCCUUACAAUUGCAGGAUUUUUAUAGUACAAUUUCGUCACCUUUAAUGAGUAAUAUUACCUUUAAAUAUGUGCAUAGUGCGUCAGAUGUGACCAACGUUCGUUACCCAAUUUUUUUUAAAGGUUCUGAAUUGGUUGUAGCUGGAAAAAUAGGAGAAAAUUCCGAUCUCUUGCCUCAGGUUUAUGGUACCUGUACUACGGGACCUGUAAUUUUUAACUCUACUCUUACAGAACCUGUUAGUCCUAUAGAAAGACUUUGGGCGUAUUUAACCGUGCAACAGAUAUUGAAAGAAAGAGAAACAGUAGACAACAAAACUGAACUUACAAAGAAAGCACUCGAUUUGGCUUUGAAAUAUUCCUUCGUUACGUCUGUGAGUUCUUUAGUUGUAGUUAAACCAAAUCAAACACAGGCAGUUGACAGUGAAACCGCAGGAGCAAAGUCAUCAUCAGACCCUUUUACCCUGUCAUCACCGGGGAGGCCUAGUCACUCUCAUCACACCGCUUCAAGACGACGAAAACCUCCAUCUCAUCCACGAAGACGAUCUCGCAUCGGGCACACCAGGCUUUCCCUAUCGACAACUAUUGAUACAUCGUUGACACAUAGUGAAACCCUUCCGCAAUGGCUCGAGGAUCUCAAGAAAAAUAACCGAAGCAUCAUAACACCCCAAGGUUCAUUCCAGUUAGGACAAAAAAGUGUAGUGACGACUCGUCCCAGCUGUCCCUCAACUCCUACGAAUACUACUGGUAUUUGUACAAUUAUAUUUGAUUGCCCGGAAGUGUUUACGCUUCUUACAGACAUCAGCGUUUACCUAAAAUACUUCUGUCCAUUGACUAAAUAUGCUGGAAUGUGUUGCCCAGUGAAGAAAGGAACAACUCCCAGUGCAUGAUGUAAUAAUAAAGUCAGUUCUUCUCAAAAUUGCUGUUUCAGCAAUGUACUCUUAACAAAUAAUAGACACUUAACUAAAUACAAUUCAUUUAACAUUUGACGAAUUUAAGAAAAUGAAAACCAUGUAAAGCAAAAACAAUGGGCAAUUAUAGUGUUCACAUUAUUUGUCAACUUUUAGUAGAUGUGCAUAUGAUUACUUGAAGGAAGAUUGCUGUUCCAACUGAACUAUUGGAUCAUAGCAUAUAGAUACCUACUGUACAUAUAGUUCAAAAUAAUCGUCUAAAGUUAUUUAAACAGAACUUUCCUCGCUGCUAAAGUACAGUCGAACAAAUACAGCUUCUUAGAAAAUAA